ACUACACAGAAGAUGUGAAGUACUGGUGUGAAAAACGGACCUCUUCAUGCAAUGUUUUGGUUAAAAGUGAUGGAUCUGUGAAAUCUUUGCAAGAUCAGAGAAUGUCCAUCAGUGACAAAAAAAUGAAAAAGCAGUUCACAGUGUCAGUGAGAAACCUGAGGACAAGUGACUCUGGAUGGUACAAAUGUGGAAUAGAGAUGCAACCCCCAUAUAAGGAUGUGACUUAUCCAGUUCAUCUCACCGUCAGAGGAGCUGAGGGCCACCUGUCAGGCCCAGAGACGAUGAAAGGAUUGGUGGGAACGUCUGUGACUGUGGAAUGUCCCUAUGAUAAGAGGUACGGGCAGGCAGAGAAGUUCUGGUGUAAGACGUUUGGCUCUACCUGCUACCCUCUGGUCAGCACUGACAAGUCUCAGAAACACACAAGGAUGUCAAUCAAAGAUGACAGAUCAGGAAGAAAGAUAACUGUGACAAUGCGCUCCCUCAUGAAGAAUGAUGCAGGCUGGUACCAUUGUGGGAUAAAAGCACUCAACUUUGAUGAGACUCACCCUGUAUAUCUCACUGUGACAGGUGCUGUGCAGAGUUUGGUAGGACCCAAGCGGGUAACUGGAAAGAUUGGGAGCUCUGUGAGCAUUGUGUGUCUUUACAGUGAUGAUUACAGAGAUCACAAAAAGUACUGGUGCAAAGAAACCCUAUUUUCAUGCAGUACACUGGUCACAACAAACCAUAACUCAGAAAAAGAGAGAAAAUCAAUAAGUGACAAUAAAUCAUCUAAAGAGUUCACUGUGAUAAUGAACGAACUAAAGAAAGAGGAUGAGGGACUGUACCAAUGUGGGAUUGAACGUACUUUACUGAGUGAUAGAUCAUUCCGUGAUGAAACUACUUCAGUAUAUGUCCAGGUCAAAGGUCCUGAAGAUGUGCUGUCUGCACCAGAAGAGGUGAUGGGACAGGAGGGUGCAACUGUGACAAUUGUGUGCAGCUACAAUGAAUUGAGUAAAAGUAACGUGAAAUACUGGUGCAAGAGGGGCUCUGAAACAUGCAACACUCUAGUGAGAAGUGAUGAGCUGCAAAGCAAACAAAGACUCACACUUCAUGAUAACACAGCAAGACAAGAAUUUAGAGUGACAAUGACGGGUCUUGAGGCAGAUGAUGAAGGCUGGUACAAGUGUGGAAUAAAAAGAACCAUAUUUGAUGACACAAUUCCAGUGUAUGUCACUGUAAAAGAUAUGAAGAAGUUCUUCUCUGGACCACAGGAGGUGAUUGGUUCACUAAAUCAGUCUGUGACUGUUGUGUGCUGCUACGGUCAGGCUUAUAAAAGCUAUGUCAAAUACUGGUGUAAAGGAAACUUCUCAUUGUGUCAUGUCCUGGUGAAUACCACAGGGCUAUGUGAAGACCAGAGGAUAACUAUCAGUGAUAACAUUUCAGCAGGAGAGUUCACUGUAGUGAUAUCCCAUCUCAAAAAGGAAGAUGAAGGAUGGUACCAGUGUGGAGCACAACAUGGCACAGAUUCUUCCGCCAGGGACAGUGUUUAUCUUACUAUCAAAGAUGGUUCAGAAUCGCUGUACGGGCCAUCGUUGGUAACUGGAGUCAUUCAGGAAUUUGUCAUCAUCAAGUGCCACUAUAGUUUGCAGUAUACAUGGAAUAAGAAGUUCUGGUGCAAUUUCAGUGAUUUGUAUGCCUAUGUCACUCUGGUAAAGACAGAUGAAACAAAAAGCCAUGACAGAAUCUCCAUCACAGAUGACCAGACUCAAAGAGCUUUCACAGUUACAAUGACUGGGCUCAGAGAAGAUGACAAAGGGCAGUACUACUGUGCCAUUGAGACCGGUGAAGAUAGUGCUGAAUAUUUUGGAGUGUAUCUCCAAGUCAAUCAAGGGAAAUUCACUAUGACACCUACACAGACAUCAAGAAGCAGUGAAAAGUUCCAAACAACAACAUCUGCCAUCCCCAGUACACGCCAUAACAGUAUUGAAACACAAAUGAUUAUUCGUGGAGUCGCCUCAGGAGCCCUGAUUUUAUUGUCUUCUCUGGCUAUACUCAUUGUAUACAUUAAAGUAGGUAAGACCCCUAAAACACAAAACAAAGAAAGAAAUGAAAUGAUAAUCCAAGAUGUACAAGAAUCUCAUCUCUGAAACUCUUCUUGUUUUGGUUAAAGCUAAAUUUGCUUGAUGCAACAAAAACCACAACACAGGAAGGAUGGUAGGAAGAGCUCAUUCUAACCCACUUUGAUCAUGAUGGACAUCUUUUCUGACUUCAAAACAGUUCCGCAUGCUGAGCAUACCUACAAAUUAUACCACAUGUUUUUAAGAACUUUUUGAUUUUGCUUGAAAGUUGUAAGCAAUUUAAUCUCAACCCUGCAGUCUUUGCCUGGUAUUUUGGUUUUAGUCACUAGUCAUGGGAAAACAUGAAGCUAAUGGUUUUGUAUUAAUUUUGUAAUUAGAAAGCGAAUCCUUGCA